UUACGGCCCCUUUAAGAAAGCAGCGCCGAACACUGACGAAAUUUCUUCGGCCCUGCUCCCUGCCCGUUUUCUGCGAAAUCUACGAGAGACCAGCAGGGUAGUGUCUGCAGCCUUCUGGCUUAACGGUGUUGAUCAGGGAGACUCUCAACAGAUAGGUGGACGUAACUGGUGUUCCAGCGUUUGCUUGCCUACCCCCCCUCCUCCCCUCGACACUCACCAGAAGACAUUUAGUCGGUAAACAGAAACAAGCGACUACUGUCGGGAUGGAUGGACGAAAUGAGCAGAUUUCGCUGUGAGACAGGCGUUACUUCAGACGUCCUGAGCAGCAGGUGUACACACGGAUAAAGCAGACUAAAGGCAAUCACAGUGUUCAUGAAACUUUGCUACGAUUUACGUGCUGGGAUAGCUGUCCGCCAUGUUAAGGUAAAGCCCAGGUGCGCGGUGUUGACCAUGCUAAAGCGGCUGGAUAAGAUCCGCUUCCGAGGCCCCAAGACGAGAGACGACUUCUCGGAUCUCGCUGAGUCACCACCUGCCUCUGACAACGAAUGUGCCGACGACAUGCAGCUGAAGCCCAGAUCAGCUUUGCGUGACACGGAGGACCCUGCUGGUUCGGGGUCUCCCACCAUGGCUGCAACCAUCCAGGACUUCCAGAGAUCGGACACAGACAGACUCAAUGAAGUUAAAGGUCACCUGGAAAUUGCCUUAUUGGAGAAGCACUUCCUACAGGAGGAGCUGAGGAAGCUGAGGGAAGAGACCAAUGUGGACUCUCUGCGGCACGAGCUAGAGAGGGAGCGAAGCAAGAGGAUAGACCUGGAGCAGAAGAUAAAUGAAGUGCUCAAGACAAGACUGGAGGACUCUCCGCCACAGCCUCCCAGGAAACAGCAGUCACCCUCAAACAAUGGAACAGCAGAGAAACAGCUGAAGGAGGUCUGGAGUUCACGCCUACAAAAGUGGCUUCAUGAGCGAUUUGGGGUUUACAUCGAAGACUUCCGCUUUCAGCCAGAGGAAAGCACGGUGGAGGCUGAGGAACCACUAAGUGCUAAAAGGUUAACAGAAAAUAUGAGGCGGCUCAAGCGAGGAGCCCGGCCAGUUACCAACUUUUUAAGGAACCUCUCCGCCUUAUCUAAUUGGCACUCUGUCUACACCUCAGCUAUUGCCUUCAUUGUCUACAUGAAUGCUGCUUGGCAUGGCUGGGCCAUUCCCAUGUUCCUCUUCCUGGCUAUCCUGCGCUUGUCCUUAAAUUACCUUAUAGCCAGAGGAUGGAGGAUUCAGUGGAGCAUUGUGCCUGAGGUCUCAGAACCUGUGGAGCCUCCAAAGGAAGACUUAACGGUCUCUGAAAAGUUCCAGCUCGUACUAGAUGUUGCACAGAAAGCACAGAACCUGUUUGGUAAGAUGUCAGAUGUUUUAGAGAAGAUAAAGAAUCUGUUCAUGUGGGUUCAGCCAGAAAGUACCCGGAAACUUUACAUCUGCCUCUGGAUAGUCUUCAUCACCUCCUGCGUCCUGCCUUACAAACUAAUGGGCUUUUUAAUGGGCCUAUACGCGGGUGUCAAGUUCUUUAUCAUAGACUUCCUGUUUAAGAGCUGUUCGAAGCUGCGGGACAAGUACGACACACCUUACAUUGUGUGGAACAAUCUUCCCACGGACCCUCAGCUCAAGGAGAGGACCAACGCCACUGUGUCACGAAGGGUGCAGCCAGUGGUUUCUCGAAGCAACCUCGCCACCGUUCCAUGUGGAGCCAGCAGAGAGGAGGACACAAGUCGCUCCCACAGCACCAAAAAGGGUGCCUUUCAUGAGAUCUUUAAUCUGCAGGAGUCAGAGCGCCCUCUAGCGGUUUGUGAGAAUGGCUGGAGAUGUUGCCUCAUUAACAGAGACAGGAAGAUGCCAACAGAUUACAUCAGGAAUGGGAUGCUCUACGUCACAGAAAAUUACCUGUGCUUUGAGAGCUCAAGCUCCAAAUCCAGCUCUUCAAAGAAGAAUAAAGUGAUUAAGCUUGUGGACAUCACUGACGUUCAGAAGUACAAAGUGCUGUCAGUCCUACCAGGAAGUGGUAUGGGCAUCUCAAUAGCCACUCCCUCCACACAGAAGCCAUUGGUGUUUGGUGCCAUGAUCCACAGGGACGAGGCUUUCGAGGCCAUCUUCACCCAGUACAUGAAGAUCCUGACCACCACCAAACCACCGGCCAGCACAGAGCUCUAAGCAGCCUGCAUCCCAGAAAACGAUUCAAAUCCAAGGGUGGAGAGCUUCCUCAGAUUCAACUAGGCCAGAGGAUGCUUUUAAAGACCCCACUGUACUCAAGUCUUUGGUCAGAUUUUUUUUUUUUUUUUAAAAAGAUCAUCGGCCUGCUUUAGUGGGUUAGUGCUUGAGCAAUUUUUGAAGGAGUGUGGACAUUUUGGCUACAUGAUGAUGAUGAUGAUGUAAUUAAGGGACACAUCCUGGCUCUAGGAAGAAUGAGGAUCUGUGUGAUCGAGUAACAAUCAGAACAAGGCUGGUGAAAAGGGCUGGUUCUCUUCUCCCACCUGACUGACUGACUGGCUAAAUGUUUUCCUAACUCACUUGUUGAUGUGCUGUGUGGGUCAAAUGAGGCUCAAAAUAGCAUCAAGUUGAUCAUCCCCCCCCCCCCCUUUAGUCGAGUGAAAUUCAGUGGUAGGACGUUUGAAUUGCUCAUCCAAGCUAAGCGAAUAGCAUAUCAACAUAGACAGUUUAAAAAAAAAAGAAAAAAAAAAGGCCCUGUUCAAUAUCUGUAGGAACAAAUAGGUAAGUCAAAUGUUUUAAAUCAGUGCAAAGGCAACCACUCAUGUUUAACUAUUCAACUGGCUAACUGGUGCCACCUGGCUUUGGCUCAGAGAAUUACAGUAUGAAUGUGUGACGGCCAGUUUUUCUUUUAAUGUGUAGUAACUGUGAAAAUGUCAGAUCACCAUUUUACUGACAUAGAGCCUUUUCUCUUAGUUUACAUUGCUGCUUCCUUGAUUGUUCACGUCUUUGCAGACUAUAUUCAUGCAGCAAAAGUUCAUUUUAAGUCGUCUUCAAACUGGAAAUGUAGUGGAGCAUCAGGUUUGUAAGUCUGCGUAUUGACACCAUGCCAUGAUUAAUUUUUUUGUCGUUGUUUCUUUACAAAUGUCUCUGAAAUGAACUGCCUUUGGAAUGAAUACAUGGUGGUCCUGGAGCUGCUGAUUAUGCCCUGAGACCAGAGCACAACUACUGUUAGAUGGUGCAAACACUGACUGCCAUUUAGAACUCGGUGACACACAGAGAUGAAAAAAGCCUCCUGUGUCUCAUCUUCUCUUUUUCAAGACACAAUCUGUACAUAUACUGAUGCUUUUUUUUUUUUAAUUUUUUUUUUUACUUCAAUGAUAUUCUCCCUGCACUUUAUCAAGACAUCAACUGGAAUCUCUGAACAUUGUGUUGCAGGUAAAAGACUUAACAAUACUCUCAACUUCAGCUGGUAUCCAUCAUUAGUGUUAGACAAAAAAAACUGAUAGUUACAGAACUGACUGCAGACUAUUUGAGCCAGCAGAGGGCACUCUUCCUGUCUUAUGUGAAGCACAAAUAAGGUCUAGACAGAAACCUUGUGAAUUGCUAUAUUGAAGUUUGAUGCCGCAAACCAGACAGACUUCCCAAGAUCCACGAAAGAAGGUACUUUGACUAGAAAAGCUUACAGAUUACUGGAAAAAGGCACUUUAUUACGGUGGCUGGGAAGUGCCAAAAUUGCACUAGUAAACGUGUUUCUCAUCUUGCAAACUUGUUUUCUAAAAUGUGUAUUUGUUUUGUCCUCGGUAAAAAGUGUUAUAGUCAUUUUGGUUUAUGAAAUGUUUUCCAAAAUGUAAAUUUGUCUCAAGCUUUGCAAAAGUGUUUCACACUUGGUAAUUUUGGUUUGCGCUUCCCAGCCCCCGUACUUUAUACUGUUCUGCAGUAUUUCACCCUUUGAAUUGUAAAUCUUAAAUAUGAAAGAUCUAAUUUACAUUAAGGGGCUGCUGAUCUGCCUGUAUGAUAGUACAUAAGCAGUAUUAUUUAGUCUGGAUAUAAUGGUGAAACCAUUGUUUUGUUUUGUUUUUGUCCAAAAGUCUGGAUUACGAGCUAUAAAAGGCCGGUCUGUUUAUCCAUAUUUGUGUCUCGCUCCGUCAAGCGACAGUCAAUAUAAACUGACAUAAUGCUUUUCUUAACCUAUUAUCAGAUGAUUCAUGUACAUUUUUUAAAACAUGAGUACAAAGAUAAAGACUGCACAGAUUUUUUUUUCAGCGAGCUUUAUUUUUUAGAAGCCAUAAGCAAGACUAAAGCAGGUCUUUCCUCUUGCAUAAUGGUGUGAUAUGUAGAUAUAUAAACACAAAAAUACAUCAGACACUUGAUUGUGUUCUGUUAAAUGAAUGAAGAUAUGAGAUUCAAAAGAUUUCUUGAGAUUUUUUUUUUUUUAAAGAUAGAUAAUAUAGUAACUAUUAAGGCCCGACUGAUAUGGGAUUUUAGCACCGACACCAAUAUAGGGGAGAAAAGAAAAUCCGAUACGAUAUAUCGGCCGAUAUAUUUCUUAGAUCUUUGUUCAAUCUGUAGAGAUAGAGAUGCACAUUUAUUGCGUUGAUCCCUCAAAUGUGGUUAUCAAACACUUUUGGAAAUGAUUUAUAACGAAAGAGAGUCACUUAACUGGAAAGUAGCCACGCCUGUCGGUGCGUCAUGGUGUGACACUGCAGAGUGUAAAUGCUUGUUGUUAUCUAUAUAGCACGCUCUGCUGGUAACAGUCAGAAAAAGAACGACUGUGUCAUCCAACGAAACUCAAAUUAAAUGCUAUUUGACUGGUAAAUCUAGUAAUAUCGGUGCAUAUCUGCGAUAAAUUAGCCGAUACUGAUAGUCACUGGAUAUGCUAAUAUCGGCCGGGCCGAUAAAUCGGUUGGGCUCUAUUUACUAUUUCACCUUCCAUAAUUUCCUAUUUACCGUAAUGUCAUGUCUAAUGUAGAAUAACAUCUUAAGUGUGCAUUUUCAUUUUUCCACUGGAUUUUUUUUUCUUUUUUAAUUUUCAUAAUCCUUAAUCACACUUUUCUGAAAUAAACCAGAGAAUGAUUCUGUCAUCUUCCCCACACAUUAAAAAUGUCAAGGUGUCUCUUCAAAUCUUUGGAUGUUCUUUUAUAAUAAUUUCCUGUUAGAAGUAUCUCAACUGGAUAUGAAACUGAUCAAUGGACUCGUUUUAAGAACUGUAUUAUUAUUAACAGUUCAAAGAUUAUAUAGGGUUUUUUUGCAUAAAACAUGCAUAACUAUGAUUACGCCUCCUAUGGAAAAGAUAUGGAGCCAUGAACUUUCUAAUUUGGUUUGGGAAUAACUGGAUCCACAAACGGGGACAAACAAGUCAGAUAAUAGCACGAGUGAAAUCAGUGAAGAGAUUUGUGUCAUUUUUGUGCUCAGAUGAUUCAAUGGAGUCAUAUCUCUUACCUGAAGCCUUCUGUAAUCAAUGAACUGGAGAUCAGCUCUUGGGGUACUUUGAUAAACCUGACUGCACGCAGAUCAAGCACAGAAUGUAUCAUGUUUUAGUUUUCUAUAACUGUAAUUGUUUUUCUUUUGCCAAAUGUUAUAUUUUCUGACUGCCAUAUACUGCCUAUAUUCAUGUCCACAAAAGUUUGGUCAAAUUAAAUGUUGGUAUCAUU